AUGCCGCGAGAGCAUCCAGCGCAAGUUGCCGAUGGUGAGAUUUGCCUGGAGACCCCGCGCGCGGACUGUCGCCGGGAAAGCACCUACAGCGCUCCGCUCCUGGACCUCGCCGGCCGCAGCUCGCUGCAUUCCUAUGGCUUCACCAUCGACGACUUCGACAUCGGUGGAAUAGUGGGCGAUGGAGCGCACGGGCAGGUCUUCCUGGCACGGGAGAGACGCACUGGGUUCAUAUGUGUGAUCAAGUGUAUCUCCAAAGCGCUGCUCGUGCAGAGCAAACAGGAGGCCAUCUUCAAGCGCGAAAUAGAGCUGCACAGCCACCUGAGGCACCCCAAUAUCGUAAGCAUAUACACGUGGUUCGACACGGAGUCUAUGGUCUGCAUCGUGCUCGAGUACUGCUUCCACGGCGACCUCUACACCCACCUGCACCAGCACAAGAGGCUCCCAGAGCAGCGGGUGGCUGAGAUUUUGUUCGAGGUCACGUGGGCCAUUCGGACCUGCCACGACAAGCACAUCGCGCACCUGGACAUCAAGCCGGAAAACAUUUUGCUGGACCACAACUUCAGCUGCAAGCUGGCCGACUUCGGCCUGUCGGCGCACGUCGGCAACGGCAAGGGCUCCAUCAGCCACAUGAGGGGCACCUACGACUACUGGUCGCCGGAGCAGGCCGCAUGCAAGCACAAUAACAGGGGCAAAUUCGGAGACUUCAACCACAAAAGCGACAUCUGGGCGCUGGGGGUGUUGGCGUUCGAGCUGUUCUUCGGGUUCCCGCCCUUCGGCUCGACGACCCAGGAGCCCGUCAACUGUGUGUUGGAGCGCGUACAAACGCACGAGUGGUACCGCAUCCUGGUGGAGAGGCACGGGCGUAGCCGUAUAAACGAGGCGAGCCCCGCGUUCAUACGGUUCUGCAACAUGUGCUUCGAAAAGGAUGCGGGGAGGCGGGCGGACGCCGCCACCGUGCUGGAGCACCAGUGGCUGCGCUCGCGCAACGCCGAGCGCUACCACUCCAAUAUGUUCGUGAACCAAGUGCGCAGCUACGCCGCCGAGUAUGCCGGAUCGGUGUAA